CUUGUACGCAUGCUCGGGAGCUGAACUUGAGGAGCCAGUCUGGGGCCUAGGCGCAGACGCGUUGAGCUGAGGCAGCCGGUGAUGGCGGCAGCAGCAGUGCGGUCUGCGGCGGGUCCGGGCCCAUGAGGCGACGACGGAGGCGGGACGGCUUCUACCCGGCGCCUGACUUCCGAGACAGGGAAGCUGAGGACAUGGCAGGAGUGUUUGACAUAGACCUGGACCAGCCGGAGGACGCAGGCUCUGAGGAUGAGCUGGAGGAGGGGGGUCAGUUAAAUGAAAGCAUGGACCAUGGGGGAGUUGGACCAUAUGAACUUGGCAUGGAACAUUGUGAGAAAUUUGAAAUCUCAGAAACUAGUGUGAACAGAGGGCCAGAAAAAAUCAGACCAGAAUGUUUUGAGCUACUUCGGGUACUUGGUAAAGGGGGCUAUGGAAAGGUUUUUCAAGUACGAAAAGUAACAGGAGCAAAUACUGGGAAGAUAUUUGCCAUGAAGGUGCUCAAAAAGGCAAUGAUAGUAAGAAAUGCUAAAGAUACAGCUCAUACAAAAGCAGAGCGGAAUAUUCUGGAGGAAGUAAAGCAUCCCUUCAUUGUGGAUUUAAUUUAUGCCUUUCAGACCGGUGGAAAACUCUACCUCAUCCUUGAGUAUCUCAGUGGAGGAGAACUAUUUAUGCAGUUAGAAAGAGAAGGAAUAUUCAUGGAAGACACAGCUUGCUUUUACUUGGCUGAAAUCUCCAUGGCUUUGGGGCAUUUACAUCAAAAGGGGAUCAUCUACAGAGACCUGAAGCCGGAGAACAUCAUGCUAAAUCACCAAGGUCACGUGAAACUAACAGACUUUGGACUGUGCAAAGAAUCAAUUCAUGAUGGAACAGUCACGCACACAUUUUGUGGCACAAUAGAAUACAUGGCCCCUGAAAUCUUGAUGAGAAGUGGCCACAAUCGUGCUGUGGAUUGGUGGAGUUUGGGAGCAUUAAUGUACGACAUGCUGACUGGAGCACCUCCAUUCACUGGGGAGAAUAGAAAGAAAACAAUUGACAAAAUCCUCAAAUGUAAACUGAAUUUGCCUCCCUACCUCACGCAAGAAGCUCGAGAUCUGCUUAAAAAGCUGCUGAAAAGAAACGCUGCUUCUCGUCUUGGAGCUGGCCCUGGGGAUGCUGGAGAAGUCCAAGCUCAUCCAUUUUUCAGACACAUUAACUGGGAAGAACUUCUGGCUCGGAAGGUGGAGCCUCCCUUUAAACCUCUGUUGCAAUCUGAAGAGGAUGUGAGUCAGUUUGAUUCAAAGUUUACACGUCAGACACCUGUUGACAGCCCCGAUGACUCAACUCUCAGUGAAAGUGCCAACCAGGUCUUUCUGGGUUUUACAUAUGUGGCUCCAUCUGUACUUGAAAGUGUAAAAGAAAAGUUUUCCUUUGAACCAAAAAUCCGAUCGCCUCGAAGAUUUAUUGGUAGCCCACGAACGCCUGUCAGCCCAGUCAAAUUCUCUCCUGGGGAUUUCUGGGGACGAGGUGCUUCAGCCAGCACGGCAAAUUCUCAGACACCUGUGGAAUACCCAAUGGAAACAAGUGGAAUAGAGCAGAUGGAUGUGACAAUGAGCGGGGAAGCAUCAGCGCCACUUCCAAUCCGACAGCCGAACUCCGGGCCAUAUAAAAAACAAGCAUUUCCUAUGAUCUCCAAACGGCCAGAGCACCUGCGUAUGAACCUAUGACAAAAUAAUGCUCUUAUUAAUGCAAAUACAAAAAGGAAACAAAUGGGGGAGGGGAUGCAUGAGCAUCCUACAAGAUAAAAACAAGAAUCAAAAUGGCAGUCUCAAAGAGCCAGCGUCACUACCUAGAAGGCUUUGGAUGGAGGAAAAAUAAACAUGGAUUUAAAAAAAAAAAAAAAAUCAAUCAAUGGUGCAAAAAAUAAACCCACAAAAAAGAAAAAAAAAACUUAAGCAAAAGAGUAUUGUGGAAUCCACAGACACAUCAAUUGACUGGUUCCUAUCCUAGCAACAUCUCAGCGUUAGCAAGGGUUUUCAUGCUGACGGCUCCAAACUGACAGUAUUAAGGGUUGGAUGUUGCUUCUGAAUCACCGCUGAAGUCUGAUGAUUUCAAAGAAGGGUUUAUCUCUCAUAGGCAAAGAACGAGAUUGCCUAUAGUAGUACUUGCAACUAAGGACAGAUUAGCAUGCAAGCUUUGUCAAACUUUUUCCAGCAACAUGGAAUUAAAGACAAAAGAAACUUAUCGAUUGAUGUUUUACGUGCAAACAACCUGAAUCUUUUUUUUAUAUAAAUAUAUAUUUUUCAAAUAGAUUUUUGAUUCAGCUCAUUAUGGAAAACAUCCCAAACUUGCAAAAUUAUUGGUUGGUAUGAAGAAAGCCAGCUUCUGUUUCUUCUCUUGAUGAAAUAAAAUGCAAAUGAAUCAUUGUUAA